UGGCAUGUGCUGUUCCCCUACUUCCGGUGAAGAUGGCGCUGAGCAGAGGCGUCGCGGCGCUAUGGAGGACAUCCAAGGUGUUGACGUCCAGAAAGCUUCUCCCUUCUCUCGCUGCGGCCCGAGCUCAGGGCUCGGUUAGCGGGGACGGAGUGCCGCGGACCUCCUUGUCGGUUCCUCCGUGGCCGGAAAUCAAGUUGCUACCGGAGGAGGAUCAGCGCCGCCAACACGCCGCCCUGGUGAGCGCCGUCAACCGGUGGAUCGAGAAGAUGGACUUCGGUCGUCUGUUCGCGGUGGUUCACUUCGCCAGCCGGCAGUGGAAGGUCACCGACGAGGACUUGAUCUUGAUCGAGAACCACAUCGACGCGGGCUGCGGCGAGCGGAUCCGGAUGGAGAAGGUCCUGCUGGUCGGGGCGGAGGACUUCACGCUGGUCGGCAGGCCUCUGCUGGGGAAGGAGCUGGUCCGGGUCGAGGCCACCGUCAUCGAGAAGACCGAGUCCUGGCCCAAAGUCCACAUGGUGUUCUGGAAGAGACACCGCUUCCAGCGCAAGAAGAUUGUCGUCCAACCUCAGACGGUGCUGAGGAUCAACCGCAUUGAAGUGGCCCCCAGACUGGCAUGAUCCUCAGAACUAGUCCUGGUGGGCCCCAGACUGGCAUGAUGCUCAGAACUAGUCUUGUGGACCCCAGACUGGCAUGAUCCUCAGAACUAGUCUUGUGGAUCCCAGACUGGCAUGAUCCUCAGAACUAGUCCUGGUGAACCACAGACUGGCUUGAUCCUCAGAACUAGUCUUGUAGACCCCAAACUGGCAUGAUCCUUACAACUAGUCCUGGUGAACCACAGACUGGCUUGAUCCUCAGAACUAGUCUUGUGGACCCCAGACUGGCAUGAUCCUCAGAACUAGUCCUGGUGAACUACAGACUGGCUUGAUCCUCAGAACUAGUCUUGUGGACCCCAGACUGGCAUGAUCCUCAGAACUAGUCUUGUGGACCCCAGACUGGCUUGAUCCUCAGAACUAGUCUUGUGGACCCCAGACUGGCAUGAUCCUCAGAACUAGUCUUGUGGACCCCAGACUGGCUUGAUCCUCAGAACUAGUCUUGUGGACCCCAGACUGGCUUGAUCCUCAGAACUAGUCUUGUGGACCCCAGACUGGCAUGAUCCUCAGAACUAGUCUUGUGGACCCCAGACUGGCAUGAUCCUCAGAACUAGUCUUGUGGACCCCAGACUGGCAUGAUCCUCAGAACUAGUCUUGUGGACCCCAGACUGGCAUGAUCCUCAGAACUAGUCUUGUGGACCCCAGACUGGCUUGAUCCUCAGAACUAGUCUUGUGGACCCCAGACUGGCUUGAUCCUCAGAACUAGUCUUGUGGACCCCAGACUGGCAUGAUUCUCACAACUAGUCUGGUGAACCACAGACUGGCAUGAUCCUCAGAACUAGUCCUGGUGGACCCCCUGACUGGCAUGAUCUUCAGAACUGGUCCUGGUGUAGCACACACAUGGACUCUUUCGACUUGAACUGUUGCCUUAGUGUAAAUAAAAUGUUUGGUUAACUGAC